ACACACACACACACACAGACACGUUUGAACGAGACAGCUCUUGCGGCCUUGGCUCGUUCACUCCUCGUUGUGUUGUGGCCCGUGCUGCGCGAGUCCUCGCCCCUCUUGCCUCUCUCGCGUCUCUGCCGAGGAUGAAGGGGCUUCUGGUGAUGCCGCCCGCCCUGGCCUUCAUGGUCAAGGCUUCCAUCGUCCUCGCGGUCCUCCUCGGCGUCUACAUCAAGUUCGUGGUGAAGGACCCCGAGCCUCCCGUCUUGGAGGACGUGUAUUGGGGGCCCGGGGAACCCCCCGCCAAGCCCGACCUCUCCGUCAGACCCUUCGUCGUCUCCUUCCCCGAGAAGGGAUUAGAGGAGUUGAGGCGCCGGCUGGAGCUCGAUUCCCGGUUGGUGCAGGCCCUCGAGGGCCAGGGAUUCCGCUACGGCUUCAACGCGGCAUUUCUCGAAGAGGUCCAACAGUACUGGCUCGACGAGUACGACUGGCGGAAGGAGGAGGCGCGCCUCAACGCCUUGCCGCAUUUCAAGACGUACAUCCAGGGUCUCAACGUUCACUUCGUCCACGUGAAGCCGGGGGCGGGGAAGGGGAAGGGGAAGACUUGCCCCGUGCUCCUGCUCCACGGCUGGCCCGGAUCCUUCUUCGAGUUCUACAAGGCGGGUUCCCGAGACGUGAAGGAGCCGUGUUCGUUGGAGCUGGUCAUUCCGAGUCUACCGGGGUAUGGCUUUUCGGACACGGCCGCGAAAUCCGGGCUGGGAGCCAUCGAAACGGCACGAAUCAUGAUGACUCUCAUGCACGAAAGACUCGGCUUUUCGACCUUUUACGUCCAAGGAGGUGACUGGGGGAGCCUCAUCGCCACGGCCAUGGGCGCGAUCUACCCGGACAAGGUGAAGGGGAUACAUCUGAACAUGUUGGUCGUGAACACCCCCGGAGUGACGUUGAAGUGGCUCCUGGGGCACUUCGUUCAUCCGUCCUUGGUCUGCGACAUCCCAGACAGGUGGAAGCUGUAUCCCAUGAAGGAGAAACUCUCCUACAUGCUCCAGGAGACGGGAUAUCUCCACAUUCAGGCCACAAAGCCGGAUACCGUCGGCGUGGGACUGAGCCAGAGCCCGCUGGGACUCGCCGCUUACAUCCUGGAGAAGUUCAGCACGUGGACGAACAAGAGCAGCAUGGGGGAAUGGGACGGGGGGCUCAAGUCCACCUUCGCUCUCGACGACCUCCUCACCAACGUCAUGGUCUAUUGGAUCUCCAACUCCAUCACCACCUCCAUGAGGAUCUACAGCGAAUCCUUCAGCCCCGCCGCUCAGGGUUUCGACAGCGUGCCGGUCCGAGUGCCGACGGGGAUGGCGGCCUUCCCGGACGAGAUCUUCGUCCACCCCAAGAGUUUCAUGGAGCAUCGGUAUUACGACAUCGUGACGUACGAUGACAUGCCGCGAGGGGGUCACUUCGCGGCGUUCCAGGAACCUCAAAUUCUUGCUCAGCAUUUCCUCAAAUUUCUCUCACUAGUCGAAAAACGGGAAUGAACGAGUCGUGCACGCUGCCUGUUUUAUCAUUCGCGUUGAUUUCGAUGAAGAUGUUGCAGAAUG